GAUCUAGUCAGUGCCUGUCACCUUCCGAAAUCUCCGGACAGCUAUGGCUGCAGCUGCUGGACUGGAUGUUCACCUCCAUCCUUUGGUUCUCAUCAAUAUCUCGGACCAUGUUGUCCGCUUUCGCAGCGCAAGACGGUCCGAGCGCGUCCUUGGAGCGCUGCUGGGAGCACAGGAGGGCAGGCGUGUAGAUGUGCACAACUCCUUUGAACUGGUCUGUUUGGAGUCCGGGGGCCAACGGACGCUUGACCUGGAGUUCUUCCAGCAGCGGUUGUCCCAAUACUUGGAGGUUUUUCCAAGAUAUGAAUUUCUUGGAUGGUAUUCAACGGGCCCUCAACCUGAAGAGGCUGACAAAGCUCUUCACAAGAAGAUUCAGGAGGUGGGUGCUAACGAGAAUCCAUUUGCUCUCCUGGUAGAUGCUGACAAGAUGUCCCGGGAAAAGGCCUCCCAGUCAGAGGAGCUUCCGGUGAAGGUUUACGAUGCUACAAUCCACAUAGAGCAGGGAGAAGCCACUGUGACUUGGAAUGAGGUCCCCUACAUCAUCGAUACUCUUGAAGCAGAACGAAUAGCUGUGAAUCAUGUAGCCAAGUCUGCUACGACUGCUGCUUCAGGCUACUCCUCUGACUUUACUCAGCACACCAGCGGCCUGUCAAACUCUGUAGUAAUGCUGAGCAAUCGGGUCAAAGAGCUUUUGGAGCACAUGAAAGAUGUGAAGGAAGGCCGCGCGCCGAAGAAUCAGGAGGUUUUGCGGCAAACCCUGUCGAUUUGCCAGGCCUUGCAGUCUGUCCACCCGUCUUCGCUGAAACAGGAGUUUUGCGGUGAAUUCAAUGAUGCCACGCUGGUCGUUUUGCUGGCCACGCUCACCAAGGUCUGUUCAAAUACAUCGGACCUCCUGGACAAGUUUCAGCUUGCGUACGACAGGAAGCACCGCCCUCGACACCACUAUCCGUUUGGAUGAGCUGUAGUCGGUUGCUUGUACUGGCGCACCAAGCACAGCUUCGCCGCCUGUCUGCAGCAACUGAC